AUGCCGCCGGCCACGCCGGGCGUGGAGAUGCUGCGGGCGGAAGAGUUGGAGAUGAACUUGUCCCGACCUUUGCGCUACGUGGAGGAUCGCUGCCUUGCCGACCGUGUUGGAUUGGCCUUCCGGGAGGGGCGGCCGUUGAUCCUCCAAAGCGAGGCCAAGCCGUGGAAGAUGAACCUCUUCUCGGCGCUCACGGACGCCACCAGCUUUCUCGUCGCCGCCAGGUACUACAUGAAGCUGGACGCGGAAACGAAGCGCGAGUUCUUUCGGCCCGUCUCCGCGCAGCUCUCGAGCGCGAGCGGGUCCGUGCUGGAACCAGAAGUGGUGGAGCUCCCGGGCAAGGAGUGCGUGCACAUCUCCAAAGCGAUGGUGGAUGCACCCAGCGCCCGCCCGGGCGCCGAUUGCGCCGCGCGCGCGGCCUUCCGCGGCUUUGAGCGGCUGGCCCGAGCAGUGCUCAUGGCCCUACAAGCGAGCGAGCCCGGCUUUCAGCCGCUGCCGCAGGCGCAGCGACUCGGAUAUGCGAUCGACAUGUUCUCCGGAGGGGCUGGCACCUAUCGAGACCGGCUGAAGCCCUUGAUCGACGCAUCGGACCAGCACGUGCUGAGCAUCUUUUCCUACUCCGGCGACGCCUGCGGAGAUCACGUGGACCGGGGUCUACUGACCCUGGUGACGAACCAGGAUGGUGCCCUGCAGAUUUUCCAGCAUGGCGCUUGGGUGCAGGUCCCUGCCACGGAGGGGCUGGUGGUUUUCGCGGGAAAGACGCUGGAACUGCUCACGCGGGGUGCGUACCGCGCCGUGGUGCACCGCUUGGCGCCGGGCCGCGCCGCUGGGCGCACGAGCCUGGCGUUCAAGUUGCGGGCGCCCACUGGAGCGGUCGUGGAGCUGGACGGUGAACGGAGUACCCUGGGAGAGCUGUUUGAGAAGCACCUGGAUCGCCCGGGCUUGUCCAUCAACCAACCCAACCACCGAGCCGCACUCCAGCGCCCACUGCGCAUGCCUGCGGCGGACCCGGGCGCCAGCAGAGCAGCGCCUGACACAGCGGACGCCGCGGCCAGUGCGUGCACGGGCGACGCGAAAGCGACGCAGUUGGGGCUGGGAGUGUGCACAAAGCUUGCGUAUCACUCACAGGUCAUCACGGUACCGAUCUUCCACUCCCUGGAGCUCCAGAGCUUCUUGCGCUCCCGCGCGACGUGCCGCGACUGGCAUCGGGAUUCCACCUCCUGUGAGUGCUGUUGGGUUCGCUUCUGCCUCACCCUGGGCAUUCCCUGGUUGCAGAGGCAGCUGGAUUGGCCCUUAUAUUUGAGCGAUUGGCAGAAGAAGUUCUACAUCUGGAGGCAUCAGAAGCCCAUCCGCGCGGUUCCGCUGCGAACCCCCUUUACCAUGUCCGUGGGCCCCUCGCCGGCCGUGUGCCGAACGAUGCGCCUGUCGGCGGCCAUCGAGAAAUGGGGCUUGACCGGGUUCUCAGAGAUUAAGUUCUACCGUCCGGAGGAGGGGCGAAGCCCGGUGAACUUGGAAUGCUUGGGCAUUUGGGAUGGCGCCCUGCUGCGGCAGAGAUAUCAGGAAGAUGACCUGGACCGGGUGGACUUCGAACGGCAUGGGGGUACUGCUUGGGACCCCUUCCUGGGGGAGUUCCAGUUGACGGACCACAUCAACUUCCACAUUGUGAUGCUCGCAGGUCGCGGCGGCGUUUUUCUGCCAAACCAUUUGUGCCGUGCAGAGGGCUUGGUCGAUGCGCCAGAGAAGCGACGAAUGGCUCACCCAACGGCCGAGGGCAGAAAAUGGGACGGCACCGGGCGCCGCCCCAGCGCCGCCCCAGCGGCGCAGAUGGCCGAGAGUGAGCCGUCCCGGCCGCGACGCUUCACGUUCUCCGAGGGCCCUGAGGCGCCCGGUGCCUCUCCGAGCGCCAGCGCGCCGUCCACGGUGCCGGUGCCGCGGGUGGUGCCGCCGAGCCUGUCGCCGAGCACCUCCUCGGGCGCCGUGCCGCGGUUAGGAGGUUUUAGCAGCACCCCGCCGACGCCCGUCAGACCGCAGCAUGUGCCCCCGGUGCAUCAUUCUCAAUGGUCAUCGCAGCAACAGCCACAGCAGCAGAGUUCCUGGGGCGGCUGGGGCGGUGAUGGCUGGGGAGGUGAUUGGGGCUGGGAGGAUUCUCCCUGCGCUGCAGCUGCUGCCAUGUGGGCGGCCUGGGGCAAGGGAGGCGGUGGCUUUGGAGGUCCUCCAAGCUGCGACGGGGGCGUGAACAUGAUGAUCGGCACUGUGAAGAGCUACAGUGCCGUGAAGGGCUUCGGGUUCAUGAUCCAUCCGGACAUUUCGCAGGACAUUUGGUUUGCAAAGGAAACCGUGGCCGCGGAAUACAGGACCUCGGAUCUCGCGGGCACCACGAUGAGCUUCGAGAUCUUCCGGGCGCCGGACGGCAAGCCGCAGGCCCGAAAUCUGCGGCCUGCGCCUGCCGGUGUCGGCAUGCCCCCACCUCCGGUGAACCCCAAUCAGCACAUGCCAGCGGGCUUCCCGACGCCUGUGCCGGGGCUGGUCCGCCCGGGCUUCCCGCAUCCUCUGCUGCGGCCGGGCUUUCCCAACCCCCUCCUUCGGCCAGCAGUGCCUGGUAUGGCGGUGCCGAGUCAGCCCAAACGACGGGCGUGGUCGCCACACGCCGGUUCGCGGGCGAUUGCGACGGCCUCAAUGGACGAGGAGGUGCGUGACCGCGAAGCACCGUUGGAGCCGGAAGCAACGCGUUGGAAGCUGGGUAGCCACAGGGCGCAGGAGAAGGUGUUUGAACAUGUUCGGACGUAUGCUGGAGGUGUGGGUCAAGUGCCCAGCAGUGAUGGAUUAGCUCAGCUAGCACCGCUCUUCCCGGCCACGGGCGUCGCGGCGCCGUGCCAUGUCCGGCGCGGACGACGCGUCGUCCGACGCGUCGUCCGACGAGUCGUCCGCGCCGACGAAGCGGCAACGCCUGGAGGCGGCUGGGUGGCGGGUGCCGGUGGAAGGAGGAACCGUAGAGGAACCAAGGUACCCGGAGCACUCUCCACUCUCUUUGGUGACCGCGUGGAGGACCCGAUGGCCCAUGGCGGGCGCCGGCGCCGGGUGGCACAUGUGGAGGGGAACUACGCAACGUUGGUCUUUCUGCCAGUGCGGCCUACGCGCCCCUGGCGUGCCACCGCAGUGGCCGCACGCGAGCUUUUGCUCCGCCUGGGCGCGCGAGAGGCGGAGCUGGUAGCGGAGGAUGGCGCAGGCGCGGUGCUGCAGUGGCGUGGUGGCGCUUGUGGGAAGCAGGAGAGGCUAAAGAGAUUGGUUUUCAGAGUUUAA